GAUCCAUCCCUCCCCUACGUGCUAUCCCUAUACCUCCAGCUCGCCAUUAACAUCGUACUCGUGGCAAUCGUGCUCUACUUCGGCUACGUAUUUGUGCGAACCAUCAACGCAGAUAUCAAUCACAAGCUCGCUCUCUAUACCGCUGACGCCCUCCAGGAAAUCUCGCUAUGUUCCCGCGAGUACUACCGCAACAAAUGCUCGCUAGAAGAUGGCCACCACCGCGCGCCCGCGCUAGAGCUGGCGUGCACCGCCUGGAGCAAAUGUAUGAAUAGAGACCCCAGCAUGAUAGGCAAGUCCCAGAUCACGGCAGAAACGAUUGCUGACAUCGUUAACGGGUUCUUCCGGCCCAUCAGCUGGAAAUCGUUGGUGUUCAUGGGAGCCAUGUUUAGCGGAUCGUUGGUGGCCACCAACAUGGGAUUCCUGAGCUACCGCCAGUCGUAUGCUAACAGCGCGCACAACGAAGUGAGAAUCCAGAAAUUGGAGCACACAAUCCGCGAAAAGGACAGCUUGAUCGAACGGUACCAG